AUGACAGAUGAUCUAAUGGAGCGUUGGAGUUCUUUUUUUUUAUCUGAAGCCGAGAAAUCAACUGUUCGCUUGUCUGACUCCACGGAGUUAAAUAAGGCUUUUGAUACCACGAAGUGCUUCCUGUUUAAGCUUUUGUCUGUGAAGUUUUAUAAUAAGGAGGCUUUCAAAAGGAUGAUGAAGAACGUGUGGUAUCCAUCGGGGAGUUUUCAAAUUUAUGAUAUGGGGGAAAACCUCUUUUUGGCAGCCUGCUCUUCGCGAGGUGAAAAAGAGAGGAUACUUUCUAAUGGUCCCUGGACGUUUGGGAAUAGUCUGGUUAUUUGUACUAAUUAUGACGGGACUUUACAGAUUACCAAAGUGCCUAUGUUUCUAGCUUCUUUCUGGGUCCGCAUGUAUGAUUUGCCGCUGGAUGGGAUGAAUGCACGGGCAGUUCGAAAAAUAGCAGCAACUUUGGGUGAUGUUGAAGAUGUUGAUCUCAUUGAGACGAGACCGGGGUGGGGAGAAUAUGUUCGUGUGCGUAUUUCCUUGGAUAUAAGCAAACCUUUGCCGCGUGGUAAAAGGGUUGUUGUGGGAGAAACUGAUUACGUAUGGGUCCGUUUUAAGUAUGAGAAGUUGCCACAAUUUUGCUAUUAUUGUGGGCUACUGGGACACGGGGAACGCGACUGUCUGCAGUGGAUUAAUAUUAAAGGUGAUGCUAAAGAUUCUGAAUUUCCUUACGGAUCAUGGAUGCGGGUGGGGAGUGUUUCUGUGCGUGCACGCAAUUACUUGGGUCCGUCGACUGUAGGAAGUACUGGUAACUCGAUUCCCGUAGAUGAUGAUCGGAGUAAUUUGCUGGUGAAAGAUCCAAUGGCAGUUACCGAAAAGCCAUUGAAAUCUUUGUCGGUUUCGGAUAAUGUUCUGCUUACUGGUAAUGGGUCAGAUAAUCAACUGUUUGCUGUGAAUAAGGAUGAUCCUCGCAUGGGCCAGGGGCCCAAUUCAAAAUUAACCCAUAUGUCUUUUAUGCAUUUGAAGGAGAACCUUUCUGUAGCAGCGUCUUCAUCUUCUAGUAAGGAGAACCAACGAAAAUCAAGGGCGGUCCGUCCCUCUCGUGCACGAGUGUCUCGUUCCCCCUUGACCCCUUCUAAAAGACAGUUGAAUGCGAAGGCUUUUGCUGAUUCGGGUGGUCUAACCCAGGUGAAGAAGCAGAAAUCAAGAGAAGAUGAUUCCUUGGUGGAGGUCCCUAUAUUAUCGGCGGAGGCUGAGAUUCAGCCCCGCCAUUACUCAUGA